UACCUCAAUACCAGUUUUACAAUUACCUUACUCCUACCAGUUUUACACCUAAACCCUAUUUACUCUAGUAUUAAAUUGUUUUUCCCCCCGAAAAUACCGAUAUUACGCUUCAUGAAAUUAGGAAAAAGAGAGAGAGAGAGAGAGAACUAAAACCUCCCAAAAACAAUCCAAAAGCUAAACCCCAGUUCGACGUUUUGACAUUUCCCAUCGCCUCCUCCUCUAUGGCAUUAUUCAAAUCGGCGAGCCAGUGCUCCCAAUUUCUCCUCGUUUAAUCCUCCAAUUGAGGUCGGAGUCUGGUUUGAUUCUUACAAAUCAACAACCCAAUCAAGGAUAACCAAAGAAACUAGGAAUGGAGAGUGCUAGAAUAGCAAGGUGUAGUUAUGGUGCAGUUACGGUCGUCAUUGCAUUGUUUGAACAUAGUAAAUAUGCAGAUAUCUGUAAUGAGAUGUGUUUAAGGUUCAAGGAACUAAAAGUAGGGAGUUUUGAGCUGACCUAUUCUCUUCCUGAGCAUCCUAAUUGCUUGCUGCAAUCGGAUAUGGAUGUGCAUUUGAUGCUUAUGUGUUUAUCGAUGUUGAAGAGUAGUUUUGUUGAUAUGUCGGUGAAGGAUCUUUUGAGUUCAAAUAAUGAGGAUGGCAAUCAUGGAACGUCUAAUCAUGCUGCGCCUAACCACACACCUUAUAGUCAUGCAGUUUCUAAUCGUGCAGCUCCUGAUCGUGCUGCAUCUAAUGAUGCAACAUCUGAUCAUGCAGCAGUUGAUCAUGGAGCGUCUAAUCAUGCAACGACUGGAGCUCCUAAUCAUGCAUUGUCUGCUGAUGCAAUGUCUAACCACACUACUCCUAAUGAUGCAACAUCUAAUGAUGCAGCGUCUAGUGAUGCAAUAUCUAAUCGUGCAGCAUGUGGUGAUGCAAUAUCUAAUCAUGCAGCGUCUUCAUCAUGCAUGUUAGAUAGUAGUGCUUUUGAUGAGAAUGAACAUUUGGGGACCUCCAGAUUUCAUGAAGGCGAGACAUUUUUGUCUCAGGGUUGGAAGGAAUAUAUUAAUAAUGUGGGCCAGAAGUUUGAAGGGGGUGUAGUUGAAUUUCGUAACAAGUUGUGUAAGUAUGCCUUCGCGACUGGAUUUCGUUUUGCUUUUGUAAAGAAUGAAAAAGAACGUGUUAUUGCUGAAUGUUUUAAGAAGAUCUCAGAUGGAUGUAAUUGGCGUAUACAUGCUUCAGUGUGUCGGUUGAAUGGUUUUUUCUACAUUAAGUCUUUAAAUAAAGUUCACACUUGCACGGGUGCUAUCUGUGAAGAGAAAGGUAAGACGAUGAGCUCAAGGAUUAUAUCUUCUGUUUUGGUGGAUAGAAUCCAGGAAGAACCAUUUAUUAAGCCUAUUGAUAUUGUCAAGGAUUUUAAGCAGAACUAUGGUCUUGAUAUCUCUUACCAUACUGCGUGGUAUGCAAAAAAUUUGGCCAAGAGCGAGGUUCAUGGUGAUGAAUCCUCGUCUUAUAGUCAAUUAGUUUGGUAUCGUGAUGCUUUAAUGUCAUCCAAUCGGGGGUCACAUUGUGUCUUGGAGUGUGAUCCUAAGACUUCUCGUUUUCGGAGAUUGUUUAUUUGUUAUGGUGCAUGCAUUGAGGGCUUUCGGUGGUGCAGACCUUUGUUGUUCAUAGAUGUGACUGGUCUAGAAAGUAAGCAUAAGGGGCAACUAAUUGGUGCCACGGGAAAGAAUGGAAACCAAGGAUCUUUUCCCUUUGCUUUUGCUAUCGUGGACUCGGAAAAUGAGGAAAAUUGGAGCUGGUUCUUUGAAAACUUAGCUAAAGUUUUGACUCCACAAGGGAGGACGAUUACAUUUAUAUCUGAUCAUAACAAAGGUCUCACUGAAGCUGUUUCAAACAUGUUUCCAACAUCCCAUCAUGCAUUUUGCCUGCAGCAUUUGAAACAGAACCUUUUAUCUAAAUAUCCUUCUACGUAUGGCAAAUUUUUCCGGGAUCACAUUGUUGAUCUUUUUUUGAAAUGCGCCUAUGCUCCCACAAAAGCUGCUUUUGAGGUUAAUAUGAAAAAUUUAAAACAUGAGGGUGGUGCUCCUGUUAUGACUUUUUUAGAAGAUCUUCCUAAGGAGAGUUGGUCAUAUGCCUAUUUUAAGGGUAAUCGAUAUGGUGAAAUGUGCAACAAUGCUUCUGAAUCAUUUAAUUCUUGGAUUUUUGAGCUACGUGCUUUGCCAAUCUGUCAAAUGGUUGAUGGCAUCAGGAGUAAACUCAAGAAAAUGAUGGCUGAAUGGAGUCGUAAAGCAGAGCAGUGGUGCUCUGUUCUAUGUCCCAUGAUGGAGAGAACCUUGAACGAAAGGUUGAUGGUUGGUAGGAAUUGGAAUGUUAGUCGUUGUAGUGCUUCUGUCUAUGAUGUGCAUGCUGAAAUCUGUGUUAAGGUUGAUUUGGCUAAUCGUUUGUGCUCCUGUCAUGAGUGGCAAAUAAAAGGCUUUCCUUGUGUUCAUGCACUUUUUGCUAUUCAAAAAGAUUCUGGUUGCAUUCAUGAGUAUACUGAUGACCACUUCAAGUCAAGCUACUUUAGAUGUUCAUAUGCGUUUAGUAUUUCUCCCAUACCUGACAUUAAGAAUGUGAUGCAUGAGGGUUCAGAAGAUGUUAUCAUGCCUCCUCUUACUAAGAAGAGACGCGGUAGACCAAGGACUAAAAUGCCAAAAUCUGUUGGUGAAGUUUAAAAGUUUGGUAAAUGUGGUCGGUGCGGUUGGAGCGCAUAAUCAGAAGUGUACAGGAAAUAUUUUAUGGUCUUGCAGAUUUUGGUUGUAGUGUACAAAAAUUAUGUAAGUUUUUUAUUUUUCCGGUACAAUUUAUAUUUUUGUUCAUAUUUGCAUGAUUUUUUAUUGAGGAAACUGUCACAGGAUUACUUUCUUUACAAGCUGUCAAUGAAGUAACAAGGUAAGGUAACACAACCACUGAAGCAAAAAGUAGCACAAAAACGCCAACAUAUGUUGGUUGAGUUGGUAAGGUGCGAGCUGCGUUGAGCCCCAACCGAGUUCAAUACUUGCUGCCAGCAAUCCCAUGUUGGUGGGUAGUCCAGAAAAUAUCAUUUGUAAUUCCAUACCAGAGGGUAGGGGGAUAAUGGUCCCUUGUGUCAGUCCAACCGGCUGUAGGUCGGUUUGCCCUGGCUCUGAGUGUAGGAGUAGCCUCUCCUUUCCCUAAAUUUUUGUUCACCAAAACAUAAAAAAGGUCCCGUUAUCCUUCAACUUUAGUUUCAUUAGGACAAAUGGUCAUGUCGUCAAUUUUGUCAGCCUUUUCUGUUAAACUUGAGCAUGUGCAUGGCACAUGAUAUACUGUUGAGGGUCAAAAUUGGAAAUUGCUUCACUCCUGGGGUAAAUGGGCAAUUCUUGGCACACCCAAACCGCACCCACUCCUUCACCGUUGCGAUUUAACUCUCCCCAUCCAUAUAUCUCCCUCCCUCCCCAAACCAAGCCCAUUAAAACCCAUCACCAAUCGAGGAAUGAUAUAUCUCCCUUCCUUCAAUCCAACAAAGCCAUGGACAUGAUGGUGCUUUCACAACCUAAACCCUCACACGAACCAUACCUACCCUCCCUACGAUGGCUUCUCACUCUAUAUCAUAUCCUCAAUUUUGUUGAUAAAAAAAAUUGAAAAAACAAAUUUGAAUAUUUCAUCCUGGGGAAAGAGGGAUUGACUCAGUGGGAUGGUGAGGGUGGGGAAGGCUUGGUGGUUGUUGUGGGUUGUGUUUGUUUAGAUGGGGUUGGGUUGGAGAGGCUGUGGCCACUAUGGUGAGGAUAGGAAGAAGGUUUUUUAGUUUUUAUUUUUUAUUUUUUGGAUGAAAUGGAUAUUCGAUGGUGGAAAUUAAAAAUAAUACAAAAAGACCAUUUUGCUCUUGCAUUUAACGGAAAAGAUGUCAAAAUUGACAGCAUAACCAUUGUCUUAAUGAAACUGAAGUUAAAGGACCAUGAGAACAAUUUGGAAAAUUGAGGGAUCAAAAUGCGAAUUGAAUCAAAGUUUAGGGACCAUUAGACGUAAAAACCCAUAAAGUUAAUUUCUUCCUAUUUUGGCAAACAUUGUGAUUUCCAUUUUAAAAUCAAAUCUUAAUAAGCAGAUUAUAUAUCUUAUUUGAUAUAUAGGUUUAAAGUAUUUUUAUGGGAACUGAUUUUCCCACUCCCAUUUUCUCCACUUACAUUCCCUUUUUCUUUUUAAUACUUUUUAAUCAAU